CACUGGGGACCCAUCAAGCCAGUAGUGUGAAUAUCUAAGGAAGUGGAGAGCUUUGAAUUUUCCUUACUUCAUCCACUUCGGUAAUGACGUGUUCUCUCUUCCAUCUACCAUUCAAUUCCCCCUUUUUGUGCACCUCGUCGCCAACUUCUGUUUCUCAAAAUACCAUCGCCGGGAGGGAAGAAAGAAAAUAGUUCAACAUGAGUGAAGAUCACCAUGAAAGCGAAACCCAUGUUUUGAUGUUUCCUUGUCCGGCUCAAGGCCACAUUAACUGCAUGCUUCAACUUGCCGAGCUUCUGGUUCUUUCCGACAUCCAUGUCACCGUUCUCAACACCGAGCACAUCCACCAGCGUCUUCUCCGUUUCGCCGAGAUCCCUUCUCGUUUAGCCGCCUAUCCCACUCUACACUUCAAGACUUUCUCCGACGGCCUUCCCUCCGAUGACCCCCGGCGACAAGAAGACUACGUUGGUGAACAAAUCAAACAAGUGAAUUUAAUGGCCAUGCCUCGGCUGAGGGAGAUUUGCGUGGAAGCUUCUGGAAAGCCCAGGUUCAGUUGCAUCAUAGCAGAUGGGAUCUUCGGACGCCUCACCAACGAAGUAGGACAAGAACUUGGGAUUCCUGUAGUUUACUUCCGUACCAUCAGUGCUUGCAGCUUUUGGGCUUAUUUUUGUGCUCCAAGAUUAUUUGAAUCCAACGAACUGCCCAUUCGAGGGGAACAAGACAUGGAUCGCAUGAUAACAAGUAUCCCUGGUAUGGAAAACUUGGUUCGGUGUCGGGACCUCCCGAGUUUCUUUCGAGCAAAUCAUAAGAGUCACAUUCCUCUGGAGCCAGUGGUGUUCGAGACACAUCAAUCCCUCCGAGCACAAGCUCUAAUUUUGAACACAUUUGAAGACUUGGAAGGACCUGUCCUCUCCCAGAUUCGCCACCACUUUCCCAGAUUCUACGCCCUCGGCCCUCUCCACGCGCACCUCAACUCCAGAAAAGCAACCAAAACAAUGUCUUCGGAGACAUCGCCUCCUUCCUUCGAGAGCAGUCUCUGGGAAGUUGAUAGAAGUUGCAUGACGUGGCUAGACGCUCAGCAGCCUAAAUCAGUGGUAUACGUGAGCUUCGGAAGCAUAACAAAAAUCUCGAGAGAUGAACUCAUGGAGAUAUGGCACGGUUUGGUGAACAGCAAGAAACGAUUCUUGUGGGUGAUCCGACCCGGCAUGCUGUCCGAAAAGGAAGGACAGGAUCCGCCGAUGGACCUAGUGGAAGGGACGAAGGAGAGAGGGCGCAUGGUGGGGUGGGCCCCCCAGAAAGAGGUACUUGCACAUGUGGCAAUUGGCGGGUUCAUGACACACUGUGGGUGGAACUCGACGUUGGAGGGUGUGGCGGCCGGAGUUCCAAUGAUGUGCUGGCCUUACUUUGCGGACCAACAGAUAAACAGUAGGUAUGUGAGUGAGGUGUGGAAGAUUGGGUUGGAAAUGAAGGACGUGUGUGAUAGGAAGCUUGUGGAGGAGAUGGUGAAUGAUCUCAUGGUUGAGAGGAGGCAAGAGUUUGAGAAGUCGACGCAAGCCAUGGCAACAUUAGCCAAAACGAGUGUACGAGAAGGUGGGUCCUCGUACUCUGAUUUUGAUCGUUUCGUUCAGUUCUUGAAGUCGGCACGCGAAAUUGAUGGCUCUCUUUUCAUGAAAUAAUAAGAAGGCGGCAGAAUAUAGGGAUUCUGUCUUAUAGUUUGCUUCGGCUUGGAAGUUUUUUCACCCAGCUUGUUUAAUUAUUUCCUUUACUCUAUUGUAGGCCUGGGCCCGAAAAUUGUAUUGCAAUUGAUAUAGUGAAGAGCCCAUAGAUAUUUGUAUCAUGUUUUUUAAAAAAAUAAAAGCCCUUAUUUAAAUUA